AUGAGACUUAAAGUUCUGAGCACUAACUCGACGGUAGAGAGACGUUACGGCGCGUGGAUUGGGGGCUCUAUUCUCGCUUCUCUGGGCACUUUCCAACAGAUGUGGAUUUCCAAACAAGAGUACGAGGAGGGCGGUAAGGCUCAGGUCGAUCGCAAGUGUCCAUAACUUCAUGCUUUUAUAUUGACUUUAUUUGCUGCCAUUUUUACUAAAACAUUAUUUUAAUUUAAUUUUCAUUUUAUAAAUCAAUAAACUUUCAUAUUUGGUUCAUUAUAAUAUCAUGCAUUUUACUAUUCAACAAUUUGUCUUAAGCAAUGUCAAUUUUUAAUAUACCGGU